ACCAAAAUGCGUUCGUGCCGAGAAGGGCCAUUUCGAACAACACUAUCUUAGCCUCUGAGAUAGUCAACUUCUUGUACAAACAAAAGAAACGGAAAAAAAAAAAAGAAGCUUUUUUGCACUUAAGCUUGACAUGUGUAAAGCCUGUGAUAAAAUUGAGUGGCAUUAUUUGGAGAGUGUUUUGCUGAAGAUUGGUUACAACACCAGGUAGGUGAAUUUUUUGAUGAUAUGUGUGUCCUCUGUGUCAUACUCUUUCAUGAUCAAUGAUUUGCCUAAAGGCUAUGUACUCCUAUCCAAUGGGCUACGGCAGGGAGACCCUAUUUUACUAUAUCUGUUUUUGUUGUGUGCAGAAAACCUCUCUGCCUUAAUUGAAAAAAAAAAAAAAAAAAAAGGAAUAGUGUGGUGCCAUUCAAGGAUCUCUGUUUGUUCAGCGACUCCUCUCAUCCACCAUCUUUUAUUUGCCGAUAACUUCUUUGUCUUUGCUAAGGCCCAUAAGGCUGAUUUUUCAGCAGUCAACUCCCUUCUCCAUAGUUACCAAUUGGCAUCGGAGCAACAAGUAAAUCUACAAAAAAAAAAAAAAGGCAAUUUGAUUCAGCCGAAAUGUAAAGCGCCGUAACCAAAAUGCCUUGGUUGAUCUCUUCGAUGUCAAUAUGGUUGACCGGCAUGAGAAGUACCUGGGACUCUCAACCUUCGUGGGGUGUAACCGUGGAGUCUGCUUUAGCUACAUUAAAGAAAGGCUUUGGAAAAAAUUACAAGGGUGGAAAGGAAAAUAUCUCAGUGCCGCCGGUAAGGAACUAUUGGUGAAAGUGGUUGCCCAAGCUAUUCUGUUGUACUCGGUGUACUGUUACUUGCUGCCUAAGUAUUUCUACGAUGAGCUACACCAAAUCAUGGCUUCAUUUUGGUGGAAUGAAAUGGGAAUGAAAAGCGAAUACAUUAUAUGUCUUGGGAUAAACUGUGCGGGCCAAAACCGGAUGGUGGUCUUGGGUUCCGAAAUCUCUAUACCUUUAACUUUGGUCUCCUUGCCAAGCAAGGUUGGAGAAUUAUCUCGAACCCCACUUCUCUUGUUGCAAGGCUCCAUAAAGCGAAAUAUUUCCUGAACUGCUCCUUUAUGGAUUUGGAGGUUUGCUGUAAGUUUCGUUCGUUUGGAGAAGCAUAUGUGCCGCUAUGGAAUCAACAAAGUGGGGUUGCGAUGGCAGGUGGGGAAUGGCAGAUUUAUCUCGAUGUGGGGUGAUCAUUGGCUUCCUUGACCGUCUUCUUUCCAGAUAAACUUGUUUGGCAUUAUGACAAGAAAGGACUAUUCUCAAUUAAAAGUGCUUACCAUAUUACCUGCAUUUGGAUUCUCCUAUCCUCAGUGUCAGCUUCCUCCUUUUCGGUUUCUCCUUUCGGUGGGCUCUAGGAUAAACAAUGGAAAACCUGCUUACCUCCUAAGGCCAAAAUGAUGGCUUAAGCGCCUGAUAUCUAAUAUCUUCCCAACGGGAGCAAACUUGAAAAGCAAACGGAUCCUAGUGGAACCCUGAUGUACUUUCUAUGGUGCUAAACCUGAAACCACCUUUCAUUUUCUGCUUGAUUGUCAUUUUGUACAAUGCCUUUGGCUGUCUUUUCCGUUGGGUGUCUGACCAUUUCAUGUUGAUGAUGGUUCUAUGCUUGAAUGGGCGCUCAUUUUGUCACAAAAUUUAAAGCAAGCAGACAUUGACGGGGUACUUAUGAUGUUUUGGGCUAUUUGGACUGCUAAAAACUUGAAAUUCUGGGGUAAUGUUGUCAAUCCCCUGCCUUGUGUUACCGUAAAUAAGGCAUUCCACUGGUGGCAAGAAUUCCUAAGCAUUGCUUUUACUACAGCUGCUUCUAAAGGUCCACUGAUCACGCCAAAAUGGGUCAGACCUACAUUUGGGAGACUCAAAAUUAAUGUUGAUGGUGCGUGGACCAUGAAUUCCAAGCAGGGUGGAGUGGAGAUUAUGGUAAGGGACUUUGAUGGUCUUUGUCCUGUGGCUCCUUCCAGGAUGUUUACUGAUGUUUUCUCUCUUACUCUUGUUGAGGUUUUGGCUAAUCGUGCUGGGUUUGAAUUGGCCGUUGAAAGGGGUUUUCAUAAUGUUAUUGUUGAAAGUGAUUCGCUUCAGCUCAUUACAGCUUUGAAUGGUUCAUCUAUGGAUUUGUCUCCUUUGAGACUUAUUAUAGAAGAUGCCAAGACUUUGCUGUGGUCGAUCGCUGAAGUCAGUGCUACUUACAUUCGUCGUCAAGCCAACAACGUAGCUCAUAGGCUUACUCGUUUUGGGCUCCAUUCGAGGGUUGAUUGUACUUGGAUUGAUGAUCCUCCUAUUAUUAUAUGGGAUCUCCUUGAUGGGGAACAAUCCUUUCCUUGUACUAGCUAGCCAUUUGGCCUUUAAAGAAAUAUA